AUGGAACGCAAAACGGAGCACGACGAAGAGGCUGGACCGUCACGGGAAUCGAAGCCGACGACGCAGCGUAUUCCCGAAAGUAAGAACGAGACCGGCGACGUUGUGGAUGCCGUAUUGGCCGUUGCAGCGAGAGUGGAGAUGAUCGAGAAAGGAGAAUCGGCGCAGCAGACGCACACCACUAAGCAGACACGUGGUGCGCAGCAAUUGAAGCUAAACGGUGAGAAAAGAAGUAAAACGAAAUCGAGCAAGGAGAAAAGCAUCAAUGCGCUUGUAGCCAAAUACGACGCAGAGAUGCGAGAGAAAGAUAACGAGAUUGAGAAUUUGCGUUUGAAGGUUUCCAAAUUGAAACGCAAUCAACGUCGUCCCGUUGAUAACCCUUGCGUGACAAGUCGUAGUGCAACAAAGGAGAUGGAUGAGGAUGAGCGCAGCACGGCGAGUGAGGAUUUAUCUAGCGGUGAUCGUGAGCUCGUUGAAAGUGAUGUGGAAACGGAGGUUGAAGAAAAACCCCUUACGCGUCGUCAAGAGUCGGCACGUAAACGUUUAUCGAUGCCAUUACCCCCGUUUAGUGGUGCCCCCGAGGAUUGGCCGGCGUUUAUCAGCUGUUUCGAGGACACGACAAAAGCAUGUGGCUUUUCUAACCUCGAAAACUUACAACGAUUGAGACAAAGCCUAAGUGGAGAUGCAUUGGAAGCGGUAAAUGGAACGUUGAUGCUCGCGGAUGCUGUUCCGGACAUGAUAAAGGAGCUGCGAAAUUUAUUUGGGAAACCUCGUCGUAUCCUGAAGGCGCUGUUACGCAAGGUUCGAGCUGUACCUGCUCCGGAUGCUGAUCGACUGGAGACGUUUAUAAAUUUCGGACUCGCAGUAAAACAAUUGGUCGGACACAUCGUGGGUGCGAAGCUGACGGAGCAUUUAAGCAAUCCUUUGCUCGUCGAAGAGCUGGAGGAGAAGCUCCCUCCAGGUUACCAGUUGGAUUGGGUAAGAUAUAAACGGCAUAGGCGUGGAAAAUCUCUACAAGUGUUUUCAAGCUACCUGACUGCCCUUACGGAGGAUAUCACGGAAGUGAAGGAUUUCGGAAGCUACAAGACCAACAGAGGAAAUUUCCGUUCCGGGACCCGUGCAAACCUAAAUCAUCAUGCGAUCGAAAACAGGGACGUCAAAAAGUGCUACGUUUGCAACAGCAUUUCGCACAAGCGUCGAAUAGUCGAUGGGUUCAUCCCAAUCGCAUCCAGUUCUCCAUAA